AUAGCAAGCUUAUAAGUUCUAUCUAGCCACUCCAGCCUAAUUUACAUAAGCAUGGCUUCCAUUACCAAUUCUCAUUUUAUAUUGUUGUUUCUAAUCUCUUCUACCUUUAUUGUUUUUACGUUAGCACUAGAUUUUUCAGAUGUUGCAGCAGAAGCACCAGACGGCUUCUUACCUCUAGCCAAAAAGCAUGUUGUAAUUCGCAAUACCGUAGAGAAUGGAGAAGAGUUGAAUAUACAUUGCAAAUCUAGUGAGGAUGAUUUGGGGCAUAUCCAUCUUAAACAUGGACAUACUUGGGAUUUCAGAUUUCAUGUUAACAUGUCAAAAUCUACAAAAUUUCGUUGUCAUUUUUGGUGGUAUGCAGGCGGUACCGAUUAUUUUAAUUACUGGUUUGAUAUAUUUAAAGUAUCCAGAGACGAUAAACCAUCGGGAAGGUAUCCAGUUUGCAAAGAAUGCAUUUGGGAGUUAAACCAAUACGGCUCUGAAGACAUUAUUUGUCGUAUAAAUCGUGAUGGAUCAGAUCCUUGGUGUUUCACAAUGGACGAUAAACCUUAAGAA